AUUUUCCCCAAAUUAUUCAAAUCAAAAUCUCAUAUCAUAAACCCUAAAUCAGUUGAAACUUGAGAUUAAUCGAUGGCUCGUACAAAGCAAACUGCCCGUAAAUCAACUGGAGGCAAAGCUCCAAGGAAGCAACUGGCGACCAAAGCUGCUAGGAAAUCUGCUCCGGCAACCGGAGGAGUGAAGAAGCCACACAGAUUCAGACCAGGUACCGUGGCACUGAGAGAGAUCCGGAAGUAUCAGAAAUCGACUGAGCUUCUGAUCAGGAAGCUUCCGUUCCAGCGGUUGGUUCGUGAGAUUGCUCAGGAUUUUAAGACUGAUCUCCGUUUCCAGAGCUCUGCUGUUGCUGCGCUACAGGAAGCAGCUGAAGCGUAUCUCGUUGGGUUGUUUGAGGAUACUAACCUUUGUGCAAUUCAUGCUAAGAGGGUUACCAUUAUGCCAAAAGAUAUUCAGCUUGCCAGGAGAAUUAGGGGCGAAAGGGCUUAAAAUGUAGUAGUGAUUUGAGUAUAUAGUGGUGGUGUUUUUCUGUGUUUUGAACCUUUUAUGUUUUGAUUUGGAAUUUUCUCAAUUCUGAAUAUGUUUCAAGUCUAUUCUAAUGAAAUAUCACUCAUUGUGUUCAGUUGACUA